UUUAUUUCACUCCUUAAAAUAUUUUAUAUAAAUUUUAAAAAGUUGGUAAAAUAUUUUCUGUAUAUUUGUAAAGUUAUUUUAAUUUAUUUUAUUCUCUGUUUAACUUUUUUGAACUUCGGUUAUAUAUACAAAGUGAAUAAUGGACAAAUCUCCAAUGGAUAUUGAGAAGAGUAGUAAUAAGAUGCCCCUAGUUUCUUGCUGAGAGAUCUCAAGCAUUGAGAGAAAAUGGGAAGCCAAGAAUCCGGAGAAGAUGAAGCAAUGAAGCUGAUGGGUCAAGCUGCAAUAUGGAAUUGCUUGUUCGGAUACAUAGAGGGCAUGGCCUUGAAGUGUAUAGUACAGUUAUACAUCCCUGACAUUAUCAACUCCCAUGGCUGCCCGCUUUCCCUAUCUGCCAUUGUUAAAACCAUCAACCACCCUUCUUUUAACACUAAUCGUCUCUCACGUAUCAUGGCGCUAUUAGUCCGCAGAGACAUCUUCUCUGCAAAACCUGCCGUGGCCACAGAAGCGGAAGAUAAUAACACAACUCUUCUUUAUGGCCUCACAAAUUCCUCUAAAUGGUUAAUACGCGAUUCAAAGAUGAGUCUUGCACCCAUGUUGCUGUUACAGAACCAUGAAACUUUCGUAUCAACUUUUCACCACCUUGCUGAUAUUGUCAAAGAAGGUGGGACAGGUUUUGCCAAGUGUCAUGGUAUGGAAGUUUGGGAUUUUGCAUUAGCCAAUCCUGAAUUCAACAACUUAUUUAAUGAGGCUAUGGCUGCAGCAUCCAUGAUCAUUGUUGAAGCAGUGAAGAAGGGAUAUAAAGCUGGGUUCAAUGGAAUAGGUUCUCUUGUGGAUGUAGCAGGCGGGACUGGUGCUAUGAUUGCUGAGAUUGUGAAGGAACAUCCGCAUAUCAAAGGUACUAACUUUGAUCUUCCACAUGUGGUGGCUACGGCACCAAAGUAUGUUGGCGUCAACCAUGUUGCUGGGGAUAUGUUUACAAGCAUUCCUUCAGCUGAUGCACUUCUGUUGAAGUGGAUAUUGCAUGAUUGGAAGGAUGAAGAUUGCAUCAAAAUAUUGAAAAAUUGUCGAAAAGCUGUACCAAAGAAAACAGGGAAGCUCAUAGUUAUUGAUGCAGUUUUGUGCCCCAAAGGAAAUGGGCUGUUUGAUGAAAUGGGGUUCGUAUUGGACCUGGCGCUGAUGACCCAAAUCGAUGGAAAGGAAAGGGAUGAAUCAGAAUGGGAAAUAUUAUUGAAGGAAGGAGGCUUUGGUCGUUACAAGAUUAUCAAAAUUCCAGCUUUAGCAUCAAUUAUUGAGGCUUACCCAGACUGACUUCUCUUCUCCUCUUCUUGAAUUGUAUGCUUCAAUGGUCCAUUUUCCCUUUUUUCUUUUUAUAUAUAAUUUGCAACUUCUGUCCUUUUAAUCGAUUUCCUUAAGCAUAUGAAAUUCUCCAAUAAUUUGAAUCUAACCCAAUGUUAAUUUUUCAUU